CACACACACACACACACACACACACACACACACAGUCAUACUGCAAACUCUCCACAGGAAACUCUGAGCCAUAAUGCGAAGGUACCUCAGAGCAGACGGGUGCAUUGCUCAAACCAAGUGGGAUAUGGUGCGGCUUUGAUAGUGCGUUAAUUACUCAUGUGAUGUGAUACAGAUGUCUGGGGGCUUCAGCCGAAAGUUUGCCUGACGGUUUCCAAGGGGGCCAGGCAGACAUUUUAGAAGCGUGAUAUAUCAGGACACCCCCUUUCAAUCAGUCAAAUCAAAGCACCGACUGUGUUCCAUAAUGGGCACCCCAGCUGUGCAUAUAUUGUUGCUGCUAAUGGCCUGUAUGGCGGCCAGAGGAAUGUGCCAGAUAAACAGAGCUGAAGCAGAGAAGAAGAAACCAGGCUUUCUGGUCCACUCCACCCUACAGUCUGCGGGUUUCCACAGCAGCACCAUCCGUCCCAGCCUGGGACCCGAGCUCCAGAUGGGGGCACAAGCACAAGCAGUGGGAUCUGGCCCCGUCAAUGAAACUGUCAUGAAGAGGCCAAUGCAACCCCCGCCGUGUGUUAGAUCUACCUCCAUUAAUGUCUAUUUUAAGUACAUCAACACGGUCAUUUCCAUUACAGUGUUUGUGGUUGGUUUGAUUGGGAACGCCACCCUGCUAAGGAUUAUAUACCAGAACAAGUGUAUGAGAAACGGGCCGAAUGCUCUCAUAGCCAGUCUGGCUCUGGGAGACCUUAUCUACUUAACCAUCGAAAAACCCAUCAAUGUGUACAAGCUCCUGAUGUCAGAUUGGCCAUUCGCUGAAAGCUUUUUUGGCCUGUUUCUGUGUAAGCUGGUUCCCUUUGUGCAGAAAGCUUCGGUUGGCAUCACUGUUCUCAACCUGUGUGCCCUCAGUGUGGACAGGUACAGAGCUGUGGCGUCCUGGAGCAGAGUGCAGGGAGUUGGCAUCCCUCUAUUUACAGUCAUUGAGAUUGUGUCUAUUUGGCUGCUGUCACUCAUUCUGGCCAUCCCAGAGGCUAUCGGCUUCGACAUAGUCACCUUCAGCUACAGAAAUGAAACCAUACACACCUGCAUGCUUUUCCCCAAAUCUGACUUCAUGAUGUUCUAUAAGGACGCAAAGGACUGGUGGCUGUUUGGCUUCUACUUCUGUAUGCCACUGACCUGUACGGCAGUGUUUUACACCCUGAUGACCGGAGAGAUGCUCAACCACAGGAACGGCAGCCUGCGCAUCGCACUCAGUGAACACCUCAAACAGAGGAGGGAAGUAGCCAAAGCCGUCUUCUGCCUCGUCCUCAUCUUCGCCCUGUGCUGGUUUCCACUGCAUCUCAGCAGGAUCCUGAAGAAGGUGGUGUACUACCAGAAUGAUGAGUCACGCUGUGAGCUGUUCAAUUUUCUACUGGUCUUGGAUUACCUUGGUAGCAACAUGGCAACAAUCAACUCCUGCAUAAAUCCCAUUAUCCUUUACUUUGUCAGCAAGAAGUUCAAAAAUUGCUUCAAGUCAUGUUUGUGCUGCUGGUGCUACUCCGACAACCAGCUGAGCAGCAUUGGAGCCAUGAACGGAACCAGUAUCCAGUGUAAAAGCCCUGAACCCAAUAACCUUCACACUGACCGUAGCAUCAGGAAAGACAGCGACUGAACACUCACAUCUGACCCAUUUUCAAGCUUUUCAGUAUCUCCAGCAGCUUUUACAAUGCAACCAAUGCUCACAGUAAAAUAUGUAGAAAUUAUGUGCUUUUUUUUUUUUUUUUUUUGGACAAUAAAUACAGUUAGAAGCGACAUAUGAGCCUGGACUGGAUGGAUCAGAAACAGGAGUAAAAAGGGGACACAGUGGACUGGGUUUACAGUCCUGUCAGCAGCCUUUACUUCCUCAGACAUAUUCGGUGAAUUCCCACACCCUCGGACAGUGACGCUGUAGCGUGAGACAAAAAGGGGGAGAGCGGGAUGAGGAGGAGAAGUCUUUUAACAGGAUGCAGCUGAAUGCUAACUAUAAAUGACUCUCAAUCAGUAGUCAAGCAUGCUAUUCCUGUAAAGGGCAGCACUUCUGGGAAGGAAGCACAAAGCUAACGGAAGGAAAAAGUAGACUGCUCGCUGUCAGAGAGGAUGAGAGAUGUGUAUUUUACUGUCCCCAGGAGUUUUCUACUCUGUGACGGUGGAAAAGAGGAAAGUGUGUAACUGAAAAACAAUUCAUUUUCAAUUAAACAUGUGAGUAGUUUUACAGUGUCUUUUGCUAAAUUCAUAAAUCAUUGGGCUACUUUGGAUGAACUUCCAGAGUUCACUUUCCUGAUGUUUGCUUGACUGUAACCUUUUUUGGUUCAUACUUAAGAUUAAGAGAAGAAAUGCCCCCAUUCAAAACAAAUAUAUCCCAAGAUCACGAAGGCUGUCACUUUUCAGUCCAAGUAUGUAAGUACUUUGGGUUAAUAGAGUGUUGCAGGGAUGAGCUAUCUUUGUAGGUCAACCUGGAAGUUGCCCUGGUUUUCUCAGUACUAAGCCAGUGGGAUUUGUCUGUUUGGGUUAGAGAAUAAAAUAGGAAGCCAAGCAAAAGUUGAUAGUACUUACUGAUUUUGUUUAGCAAA